CGAAUGUCCGCCACGCUUGUAAAACAUGUCGUCUUAGGGAGGCAUAAACACUCACGAAGCUCGUAUUGUGUGACACAAUGAACGACUCGGUGACUCGCUUGACUUACAUACGUAAACUCCGCUACAGUGUACUUUGUCAGGUGGCCGACUUUUUAGACGCCCAGGACAGGUGGAAGGACGUUAUUAUUUCCAUCCGGAAGUCUGAUGGCGAGUUGAGGUACACUCAGCGUCAUGUCAAGCGAUUUGAGGGCCUUGUUGCUCGUGGUAAGAGCCCCACGGUGGAGCUGCUGCAUGACUGGGGCAUAUUCAAUGCCACAGUGGGAGAAUUGGUAGACAUUCUCAAGAGUCGAAAGUUACUGGCAGCCGCCAGCGUGCUGUUACCUGAAGAGGUAUUCUCUGUAGAGACACAACGUGUCUCUCCUACAGCAGAACCCAACAGCACACAUCCAACUUUGCCGACUUUGAAGAUGGUUCAGACAGAGAUGACGUUAGCGCCUGUUGCCGAUGAACGUCAGACUCCAGUCCAGCUGGAGAAUGGUGAACCAGACCACGCACAAGGUUUCACCAGUUUCUCAUACAAUGAGCUGAUGGAAAUUACCGGAAACUUUGACGAACGCCCCAUGUCCGACGGCGGCUGCCAGCUCGGAGAAGGAGGCUUUGGGACCGUCUUCAAAGGUUUCCUGCGGGACAAACCCGUGGCAGUUAAAAAACUCAACCCGAUUGAUGACGUAUUUUCUGAUGAGCUGCAAAUUCAGUUUAACCAGGAGGUCCAAACGUUGACAGUGUUGAAACAUGAGAACCUGGUGGACAUGGUGGGCUACUCAUGUGAUGGACAGUACCCAUGUUUGGUUUAUGCCUUCAUGGCUAAUGGAUCCUUGCUGGACAGACUGGCUUGCUUUGAAGGAAGUCCUCCACUGUCCUGGCGACAGAGGUGCUUGAUAGCUGGCGGCACAGCAAGAGGUGUGGAGUAUUUGCACAGCAACCAUCAUGUCCACAGAGAUAUAAAAAGUGCAAAUAUCCUGUUAGAUGAAAAUUUGGUGGCCAAAAUCUCAGACUUUGGCCUGACAAGAGCCUCAGCCAAACGGACGGCAACAACCAUGAUAACAGAAAGGAUCGUCGGUACCUGCGCAUACAUGGCACCCGAGGCGCUGAGAGGGGAGAUCACACCGAAAUCAGAUGUCUUCAGCUUUGGAGUGGUGCUGUUAGAAAUAUUGUCCGGACUCUCUCCAGCAGAUGAAAAUCGUGAGCCGCAGCUUUUGAUGGACAUGAGGCAUGACAUCGAUGACGAAGAUGAGGACCUCACUCUGGAGGCCUUUGUAGACAAGAGCAUGAACGACUGGGACAUGAGCCAGGUGGAUGACGUGUACUCUUUGGCUGGCAGCUGUCUCCACGAGAGGAAGAACAGACGGCCGCUUAUCACGCAGGUGCUGUCUAAGCUCAAUGGAGUGAUCAAAAACAUUUCACUGGAGUCUUGUGCAUAGGACUGAAGCAAGGCUCCCUCCCUCUCUCUGGGAUCAUGGUCGAUGGAACAUGAUUUUUGAUGGAUGACAUUUUAGUGGAAGCCCCUCAGCGACGUGAUCACCAGAACACACACAUACACACACACACACACACGGCUACAUUAUGUACAUUUACAGCACUUGCAUAGAAAAAUAAGUUUCUCAGCAGAUGAUUUUGUUUUUCUCUCCAUGUAAACCAGUUAUAUCAAAACAAAAAAAUUCAAUAUAAAAUGCACUGUUAAAAUAAAUCAGGAGACACGGGUUGGAUCAUUACAUCUCUGCUUUCGGAGCACCUAUAGGUUGUGCACAAACACAAUAAGUGAUAGAAUUUAAGGAAUGCAAGUUGGGAAAUUGGGUGUGUGAACUGAAAACAAAAUGGAGGGUGGGUCGUUUUCAAAUUGGCGCAAGUUCACAUUAGUCACACUAAGAUGUGGGGAAGGAGCUCAACAUUGAUUCAUUGGGAAAGUAAUCACAGAGAUUAAUAGGCUUCCGUUUGGCAAGCUACAAAUGGAAACUGCUGAAAUGUGCCAUUGCUCAGUUGUCCUCGGCGUGCAUAGCUGGCUCUGUGGAUGGGAAUGUGAGGUGGUCGUCUCAAUUCUUUGUGUGUUAAAACAAGCAAAUAUUAUCGCCCCAAUCUCAGGAAUGUUCCACUAUGGAACAUGCACAUGGUGUAGGUGCCGAGGUCUAAUUUAAUCGUCCUCCUGGCCGUCGGCGGGGGGUCGGGUGAUGCGACGGCCGCCCCGCUUCCCUUGAGGGCCUUUGGGCUUGGCGAAGGCCUGCUUGUGUGCGUGCUGCUUGGGAUGCACCUCGUCGUACAUGAAGUCACUGGUCAGGUCGUCUCCGUUGUCGAUUUCCAACUAAAGGACCAAUAGAAAACAAGCAUAUGAUUAUUAUAGGAUUUGUUGGUGAUCAAACAAACUCAACAAAAAGAGUUCUCACAGGAAUGCUCUUCAUAUGACAAAACAUGAAUUCCAUUGUUUAUGAAUAAUACAUUGUAGUACACUGACAAGUUCCUCAACAGUUUUAUGCUUAACACUGUUACCCUUUUUUCCCCCCCUCAUAAUAAAUGUUAUUUUUCUUCUAAUUUAACUUUUUGUUCUUCUAUUACUGUUUUAUUCACUUUAGACAGCCUUCCCUCAUGCUACAAUUUCAAGUUUGUAUUACAAUUGUAUUCUCUUAAAACUAUAACUUUCCCCCAAUUCUACAA